AUGACAGACGCGGUGGUACGGAGAGGCUACUUAACACUUCACCGGAACCCCAGCGGCAGAUUCCCCCUGUCCUCUCUGAGCUCCAAGAGGAUGUGGAUGGUGCUGUGUAGGAAAGGUCCCAGUGGGCGACCGAGGAUUGAGAUGUAUCGCAGUGAGGACAGUGUAGGUGGCCAACAGCCUGUGAGAAUGAUAGAUCUGGAGACUGUCCGCUCCGUACAGCCAGUCGAGAGGAAGAAAAGCUUCCUGAUAGAGCUGCCAGAAGAGACGAUGAUGCUCCAAUGUACGUCCAAGGCUGACAUGGAGGACUGGGUUCGAGACACAAACAGACUCAGAGGAGGCAGAGUUGACCUGGCGUCAGGACAGAACAUUGGAGGCCAUCUCCCUGGACACGACAUCUAUGAAGAUCCCUUUUCAAUAGAUGUUCCUGACGAUGAGACGUUCCGAGUUGCUCUGCGACCAACUAGUUCCAUAGGGUUCGCAGGAUCCUGCUAUAUGGAGAUACAAAGGGACCUAAACAGAAAUCUUUUCCACAUUGCGUUGACGACAAAGGACGAGCCGUCACGCCUCAUCGUCAAGUGGCAGAUUGACCACAUUAGACAAUACGGCUCCAAUCACGCCGCCUUCAAAUUCCAAUCAGGAGGGAAGUCUCCAACAGGUGUUGGUUGGUUUAUAGUGGAGACAGAGAGCGGGGCAGCUCAGCGGAUCCACAAGGCCGUCGACUACUGGGCCAAGUACAUUGUGGAGCAGAUCAGGAGCGUCAAAAUGAAUCAGAGACCUCCAAUGCACCAGGCUCACUCUGUGCCAGUGGCGCAGCAAUCUCCCUCCCGCCAUCCUCCACCUCCCCUCUCCUCAUCGAUGGGUGGCUCAAGUCCGUACGCCCCUCUCUCUGUGUCCACUCUGGACCAGCCACCAGUCUACCAGAAAGUCUCCGUCACUGCGACACCAGGCCGCCACUCAGCCACUGCUGCCGCCAGACACACUCCCACUACUGCUGACAAUGGCUCUGCUGGGGUCUACCAACCUCUCGGAGUGAAAGACGCUCCAUCAGCAUAUGCUUCGGUAAACGUGAGCCAUCAAGGUCAGGGGGGCGGGGCCGUAGCACGAGGAAGCCCCACCCCUCCAAUGAGGGAAGCCACAUACAUGGGUCUGCGUGCCGACACUCGCCAGCCAGACAAUCGCGAGACCUACGCUGUCCCAGAGCGCAAUUGAUAGACCAACCACCACAGACUGACUGAUGAAUAUCUGAGCAAUCAUUAAAACUAACUCACCAAUGUCAUUAUAAGUAUCAUCAUUAUUAUAUUAUUAUAGUGUGUCUCAUGUUCUGAUUAUCAUUAUGUGUAUACGUGGUGUUUGGUCUAAGACGUUGCCAUGGCAGCCGGAGUUUCAGAGGUCAUUUUGUCCGCUGUCUUGAUAUCUCCAACAGUGAUGAUGCGGCGAUCGGAGAACCCCUCCGUGGAGAUGAUGUAAUAGCUGAAGCUGGCAAGGUUGAUCAGAAACCUCAGCUGAAUCUCCCGCACACAUUUCUCCAAUAAAUGCACACCCUCCUCCUCGCUCAUGUCCGGCCGGUGGUAGCGAUCCAGAGUACCCAGUGUGAAGUAGGACCCGUAGCCGUGCGCCCCGUACGGUACGUCUGCCAUUGUUCCCAGGUAGUCCAGAUAGUAGAGGUGGGUCUUGGCUUCCUUGGCGUCGAACCCACCGAGCAGCAGAUUGACUGCCUGCGGACUGCGGCUUCUAAUGCUCUCUGCUAACUCCAGCCUCGUGAAGUUUGCCGCUGCGUGCGGGGACAACUCGUAGCCGUUACGGACACGGUAGAGAGCGACGUUUUUCUGGAUGUACUCUCCGAAAUAGGCCGUGUCGCCGGCCUCCCCGCACACCACCAUUCCCAGUCUGUCAUCCAGCCGCACCAGCUUGUCCUGGUCCUGCUUCAUCAUCAAGACACUCCGCCCCGCCGAGUUGUCGUGGGCCAAGAUGACAAACGAGUCGAACUUCAUCCCAAUGAGACAUUCCAUUCCGCCAGCCAUCUUGCUUCUCUCUCCUCUUUCGGGAUGCAAAACGUGGACUUGUUCCCUGCUGAGUUGUAGUGUGUAUUCCAAUUAGAGCGCA